AUGGCAAACUUCUUUAGCAUUUUCACAAUCACAAAUUUGCUUAUUCUGUCUCUCGCCCUCAAUCUAAGCUUGGUGAUGAGGGUGUAUCUCAAUAGUGAGAAACAUGGCCAACCAAAAGUUGUGGACGUUGAAGGUCCCGCAACCCAGAGGACACUCCUCUCUGUUUCUUCUUCAUCUGGUGAAGAAGAUAUAGAUAAGGUCAUCAACCUCAACCAUGGUGACCCAACAAUGUAUGAGAAGUACUGGAUGAUGAUGGGCGACAAAACCACAGUGGUGAUUCCGGGGUGGCACUCGAUGAGCUACUUCUCGGAUGUGAAAAACCUCUGUUGGUUUUUGGAGCCCCAACUGGCCAUGCAGAUUAUAAAACUACACAAAGCUGUGGGGAAUGCCGUCACUGAAGGGCGUCAUAUUGUGAUUGGGACAGGCUCGUCUCAGCUCAUUAUUGCUGCGCUUUUCGCUCUUUCUCCGGCAGAUGGAUCUGAGCCCAUGAGUGUGGUAUCUACAGCUCCAUUCUACUCGUCUUACCCGGUGAUGAGUACAUACCUCAAGUCGGGACUGUUCAACUGGGCCGGAGAUGCGAGAAGCUUCAACAAGGAAGGACCCUACAUUGAGUUCAUCACAUCUCCGAAUAACCCCGACGGGUUUUUCAGGUCCUCCACCGUGAAUCGAACCGGAGGUAUGUUGGUGCAUGAUUUGGCCUACUACUGGCCACAAUAUACACCCAUUUCCUUACCGGCAGACCAUGAUCUGUCAUUGUUCACCUUCAGCAAAGCCAAUGGUCAUGCUGGGACGCGCAUUGGGUGGGCUCUGGUGAAGGACGAAGAAGUUGCCAAGAGAAUGAUCAAGUUCAUAGAGCUAAACACCAUUGGCGUGUCCAGGGAUUCACAGCUCCGAGCUGCCAAGAUCUUGGAAGUGAUGACCAACACCAGUGUUGACAGCUCAGGUGAAUCCUUCUUCGACAUAAGCCACCACCUCAUGGCAGAGAGGUGGCGGCUGCUCCGAGCGGCGGUGAACAAUAGCAGAAGGUUUAGUCUGCCUGAAUUUGCACCGGGGUUCUGCCAUUUCUUUCAAAAGGAGACAAUGCCUCAACCUGCCUUCGCAUGGCUUAAGUGUGAGGACGAUGAAGUGGAGGAUUGUGAAAGCUUCCUCAGAGGGCAGAAGAUUUUGACCCGGGGAGGAAGUAAAUUUGGGGUUAGCGCAAAAUAUGUUCGAAUAAGUAUGGUGGAUAAGGAUAUCAACUUCAGUUUGUUUCUGAAGCGUUUGUCCAAGCUCCAGUAA